AUGUUUCCGACGGCACAUUUUAAGAGACGAACACCACGCUGACUGCAUGUAUUAUUUUUUUCAGUUUGUUAUUUAGUUGUUUUUGUCAUAACUUAUGUCCAGUGUCCAGUGUGUAACUUAUGAUAAGUUACACACUGGACUGCGUAUCUUGUGUUAAAAGCUGUGAUCAACUGUAACAGCAGAGUUUGUAGGAUAAAAAACACCGAGAGGCGGAACCAGCAUGCUGCAGGUGGACCCCGGCGUGUACAUCGGCGCUGCCGCCGACCUCAAUGACGUCCAGGCGCUGAGCGCUGCGUCCGUGAGCCACGUCCUCUCCGUGGACUCGGUGGACCCCGGGCCGCUGCUGCCGGCCGGCCCAGGCUUCUCCAGGAAGUGGGUGAACGUCCUGGACGAGGCGACGGCCGACCUCCUCAGCCACCUGGAUGCCUGCUGCGCCUUCCUGGACCAGGCGCUGGACGGGGGCGGAGCCGCACUCGUCCACUGCCAGGCGGGCCGGAGUCGCAGCGCCACCGUGGUGACUGCGUAUCUGAUGAAGAAGUACCAGCUGGGCUUCAGCGAGGCUUACCUCAAACUGAAGACGCUCAAAGCAGACGUACAGGUGAACAGCGGCUUCCAGCAGCAGCUCCAGCUGUAUGAAGACAUGCAGUGGGAGGUGGACACGGCCAGUCCUGCAUACAAACAAUACAGACUGAUGAAGAUCGCUGAGAGAUACCCAGAGCUCCAGCAGGUUCCCAGGGAGGUGUUCGCCCUGGACCCGGCCCACUCCCGCUCCUCUGAGGUUUCCUACAGGUGCAGGAAGUGCAGCCGGACGCUGUUCCGGGACUCCAGCAUUCUGGGUCAUCCCGUGGGAGACGGAGCAUCAGCCUUCAUUCACAAGAAGUCCAGGAACAUGUCUGGGGAGCUCACCUGCACGUCCUACUUCGUGGAGCCCGUGCUGUGGAUGGAGCAGGCCUUGCUGGGCGUGAUGAACGGACAGCUGCUCUGUCCUAAGUGCAGCUCCAAGCUGGGCUCCUUCAGCUGGUACGGGGACCAGUGUUCCUGCGGCCGCUGGGUCACGCCCGCCUUCCAGCUGCACCGCACCCGGCUGGACGAGAUCCGGCAACUCCCCGCUCAGAAGUGACCGCUUGCAGUACCCGGGCCCCAGAAGAAACGCUCAGGAGACUCAACACCACAC